AUUGUUAUUGUAGUUUUGUUCUUCACUGGAACUUUUCGCGGCGUUGAAAACCCUAAAAUCGAGCGACUUCCACAAAAUCUUUUUCCUCGUUGGAUCCGCGUUUACUUGGACGGAUACCGAGUGUACGGGCUCAGAACAGUAAGAUUUCAGGGAUGUGCCUUCUGAGAGGCGGUUCAUAGUUGACACUUACCGCUGUGGAGAUGAAUUCUCUUAUCCUUACUGCUGCCAUAAGUGGAGGAGAAAGCUGCAGUUUUGUAUUGGGAUCACACAUUAAUCUGAGAAAGGAAGUCUUUGGUGCUGAGUUGCCAAGGAGCCCAUUUAGAGGGAUUAGGGGAGAUUGGUUGAAGAGUUUGAAGCGUUCGGGAGGUGGAAGUGGUUAUAGAUUGAAUGUUACUGCAAGGAUAAAAAAGGCUCAAAAGCAUGAGUACCCAUGGCCUGACAAUAUUGAUCCGAAUAUUGAAAGUGGUCAUUUGAGUUAUUUAUCUCAUUUCAAGCCCCUCAAAGAGAAACCAAAGCCGGUUACCCUUCCUUUUGAGAAGCCGUUGCUUGAUUUAGAGAAGAAGAUCAUCGAUGUUCGUAAAAUGGCUAAUGAAACUGGUUUGGACUUCACUGAUCAGAUCAACUUACUGGAAAGCAAGUAUCAGGAGGCUUUGAAAGAAUUGUAUACACAUCUAACCCCAAUUCAACGUUUAACUAUUGCGCGACAUCCCAACAGACCAACAUUCCUUGAUCAUAUCUUGAACAUCACCGACAAGUGGGUGGAGCUCCAUGGAGAUCGUGCAGGAUAUGAUGAUCCAGCUAUUGUUACUGGUAUUGGAAGCAUAGAUGGCAAAACAUAUAUGUUUAUUGGUCACCAAAAGGGAAGAAACACAAAAGAAAAUAUUCAGCGCAAUUUUGGGAUGCCAACUCCACAUGGCUACCGAAAGGCCUUGCGCAUGAUGAGAUAUGCUGAUCACCAUGGAUUUCCCAUCAUCACGUUUAUCGAUACGCCAGGUGCAUUUGCUGAUCUGAAAUCUGAAGAGCUCGGUCAAGGAGAAGCAAUAGCCUACAAUUUGAGAGCUAUGUUUGGUCUUAAGGUCCCAAUUGUCACUGUUGUUAUUGGUGAAGGUGGAUCUGGUGGAGCUCUUGCAAUUGGUUGUGCAAAUAAACUGUUCAUGAUGGAUAAUUCUGUCUUUUAUGUUGCCAGCCCUGAAGCAUGUGCAGCAAUACUUUGGAAGUCUUCCCAAGCAGCCCCCAAGGCCGCUGAGAAGUUGAAGAUUACAGCUAAUGAAUUAUGUAGACUCAAAAUUGCAGAUGGAAUCAUUCCGGAACCUCUUGGUGGUGCACACACUGACCCGGCUUGGACCUCCCAACAAAUAAAGUUAACAGUUACAAAGGCCAUGGAGGAACUUUGUGAAAUGGACACAGACAGUUUACUUAAUCACCGGCAUCUUAAAUUCCGGAACCUAGGGGGAUUCUUAGAAGGCAGCCCGAUUGAACCAGAAAAAAAAAGGAACAUGAAGAAGAAAGAAGCUGACAUUUCACAAGCAACAGCUGACAUCGAAGUCGAAAUCGAAAAGCUCAAGAAAGCAGCUCUAGAAGGUAAGAGUCAAUCUCCUGGCCCUGUCAUAUCUAAUGAAGCAGUAGAGAAACUGAAACAAGAUUUAGACAAGGAAAUGACCAAUGCCUUCAUUUCAAUGGGGCUUCAAGAAAAGCUAGAAUCCCUUAAAAUGGAGUUAUCUAAAUCACCAUCAAACUCACCCGAUCAGUCCCUUAGUCCGGCAUUGAAGGAGAAGGCAGAUAGGCUUAUGCAAGAAUUCAAGCAUAAUUUAUCUCGUCCUGGAUCCUAUCUUGGGCUAAAACAGAAGCUUCAAAUGUUAUCAGAAGUCAAUAAGCUAGGAGAGCAUAAAAUUAAAGCAGAGAGAUUGAAGAGUGAGAUAAAUCAAAAACUCCAUGAACAGGUAAAGGGGAAAACGGAGAUAUUGAAAAUGGCACGUGAUAGAGUAGCAAAGGGAGAGAAGUUAAAUGAGGAUGAGAUUAAGGAGGUGAAUAUGAUACAGGAAGAGCUAAAGGAGAUGCUCAAGUCUUUGAACUUGGAAGUUGUGGGAUUGAGAAAAAAGAUAUUACCAACAAAACCACCAGUUUUAGAGGAGAAAUUAACCAAGGCAGAUGAAGUUAUAAAGAUGGAGAUUGCGAAGGCAAUUGACGCGGCUGGUUUAAAUAGUAAGAUUGAUGAGUUGAAGACAGAGAUUGCAAAUGGUGCAAGUAAGGAAACGGUAGAGAAAUUGAUUAAUGAAAUAAGGGAAGGAAUUAUUGCCAAUUUGGACUCAGCACAGCUCAAAGAGAAAGUUGCGAGUACUUUGGAGUUGCCAUUGCAAGAAACAGUUGGUGCCGGUAAUCAGUAAGUUGAAGAUGGUGUAGAAAAUUCAAGUGAGACUAGUUUGAUUAUGUGUAGAAUUCGCUUCCUUUUUUGUUUUUUGUUUUUUUUGGAGUGUUUGGUUAUUUGUUGGUGAUUGCUGGAGGAACAUCUGUUGCCUGUAGAGUAUUUUUGGUGCUAGAAGAUGUAUUUGAAAAUACCGUAAAACAUAAAAAUAAAAAUUAAUGAAUGAACAGUCAUGCUGGACUUAUUGUAAUC